CGAGAAUGGGGUCAAAGUAGUGGAUAUGAGAAAUAUUAUUACAAAAGAAACAGCGUGUAGUUACACUUAUAUGUGCGACUAUCACAAUAAACAUCCAAAUGUAAAUGGUAGUAAUGCAAUUGCAGAUGUGUUAUAUA